CUCGUGACUCCCAGCGUGUGGCUGAUACAGUUACCUGCAGGACAGUGAACCGCUGAGGCUGCGUUUGUUACUUGAACAUUAAGGUACUAGCAGUUCGGUCCUUCACUGUGCUGGCUGGAUUUGCUUGUGUUUGUUCUUAGCCACUGCUCAUGUAAUGCACUCCCUUAACCAGGAAAUUAAGGCAUUCUCCCGGAAUAAUCUCAGGAAGCAAUGCACCAGGGUGACAACGCUAACUGGAAAGAAAAUUAUAGAAACAUGGAAAGAUGCCAGAAUUCAUGUUGUGGAAGAAGUAGAGCCGAGCAGUGGGGAAGGUUGUGGUUAUGUGCAGGACCUUAGCUUGGACCUGCAAGUUGGUGUUAUUAAGCCAUGGUUGCUCCUGGGGUCACAAGAUGCUGCUCAUGAUCUGGAUACACUGAAAAAGCACAAGGUGACUCAUAUUCUCAAUGUUGCAUAUGGAGUUGAAAAUGCUUUCCUCAGUGACUUUGUGUAUAAGAGUAUUUCUAUAUUGGAUCUACCUGAGACCAAUAUCCUGUCUUAUUUUCCAGAAUGUUUUGAAUUUAUUGAACAAGCAAAAAUGAAGGAUGGAGUGGUUCUUGUUCACUGUAAUGCAGGAGUUUCCAGGGCUGCUGCAAUUAUAAUAGGCUUCCUAAUGAAUUCUGAAGAAAUCUCAUUUACCAGUGCUUUUUCUUUGGUGAAAAAUGCAAGACCUUCCAUAUGUCCAAAUGCUGGUUUUGUGGAGCAGCUUCGUACAUAUCAAGAGGGCAAAGAAAGCAAUAAGUGUGACAAAAUACAGGAAUUAGAAGAAACAACAGUUCCUGUGUUACAUUCUAGCUGAUGAUGGACAACUGUAAUUUCUGAGUUGGUCUCUAGAGCCACCUUUCCCCUUUUUGAGAGUAAACUAUUAGAAACUUCCUUUUCUCAUGCUUUUUUCAAGUGGAAAUAGUGCUCAAUUGAUUGUCCUAAGUUAGGGUGUAAAUAAAUUUUUAAAAUUAUAUCAUGUUUUCUUUAGUAUUAUAAUGUGUGAUUAAAUGCUUCUUUGAUUUGCUAAGGGAAAAUAACAGUGUAUUACCAAUAAUUGAUUUCUGUAGAAAGAAAAGGUUUAAAUUUAAAAUCUAUAUUAAAGCAUGAAAGAUUAAAUUAGUUGAUUAAAACUUUUGGUAGUUUUCUAUUCCCGCAACUGUUUCCAUGAAGGAAAAAACUUUAAGUGCUACUUGACUUACUAUUUCAGAGGGAGGUAAAUUUCUUUGUGAAGAAUUUAAGAUUAAAAAACAAUACCUUAGGGGGCUUCCCUGGUGGCGCAGUGGUUGAGAGUCCACCUGCCGAUGCAGGGGACACGGGUUCGUGCCCCGGUCCGGGAAGAUCCCACAUGCCGCGGAGCGGCUGGGCCCAUGAGCCAUGGCCGCUGAGCCUGUGCAUCCGGAGCCUGUGCUCCGCAACGGGAGAGGCCACAACAGUGAGAGGCCCGUGUACCGCAAAAAAACAAACAAUACCUUAAACCUCCCAAAAGAGGUAACCAAAAUCUGAAGGUUUACACAAUAUUUAUGUAGUAGUUACGAUAUUCUCAAAAUUUUUAUGUCCUUUUAUGAAAACGUACCCACUUUUCAUUUUGAUUCUUUAAUUUAACUCUAUUCCCUGUGUUUAUUUUUAAAGUUUUUUGUAUAGCUAUUCUCUCUUACUUUAUUGUGAGCUUAUGGUUCUUUUAUUAGGUGAUCUAGUCUCUUACAUUGUAUGCUUUUUAUUCUGGGUCCCUAACAUUCUGUUUUUGGGUCUGACGUCAUAAUUUUCUGAUCUCUUUGGAUCUGUGGGAAAGUGUUUUAUACUAAAAAAUCAUUUUUAAAAUGUGGUUUGAUUAAUGAUCUGUUUUCUAGUUCAGUAUUCUACUAGGGAACAUAUUUUUAAGGAAAGAACAGUAAUGGUUUUGUAAGAAAUUUUACAUACAUUUUUAAAAAGCCCAAAAUCAUUUACAAUUUUAUUUCUGACCAGAGGCUUUGAUUAGUUUUUUUUUUAUUAAGU